UUCUUGAACAGCGUCGAGCUUCCUAGAACCUCUCAAACCUACGUACAACCGUCACGAUGGUCACAGGAGCAAGGAGACCUCCCUCCCGCAAGGGUACGACGCCCACACCCCUUCCCGAGGCUUCCGCAGAGUAGCGGAUAAGUCGGACACAUCGUACUCAGGGUUAACAGUAGACCAGGGUCCAUGGCGGACAUGCCCCGGGAUCUCAAGGAGCAGAUCGAGAAGCUUGAGGAGAUCUUCGUUGUCCCUACCCAGAAGCUGAAGGAGAUCACCGAUCACUUCGUCAAGGAGCUCGAGAAGGGCCUCACAACAGAGGGAGGGUCUAUUCCCAUGAACCCAACAUGGUGCAUGGCCUUCCCAGACGGUAACGAGACGGGCCGAUACCUCGCUCUGGAUAUGGGAGGAACCAACCUGCGAGUCUGUGAGGUCACCCUGACCGAAGAGAAGGGCGAGUUCGAGAUCAUCCAGUCUAAAUACCGCAUGCCCGAGGAGCUGAAGACUGGAACCGCGGAUGAGCUUUGGGGCUACGUCGCCGACUGUCUCCAGCAGUUUGUCGAAUACCACCACGAGGAUGAGGAGCUUGAGGAUCUGCCUCUGGGUUUCACCUUCUCCUACCCCGCGACACAGGAGUACAUUGAUCACGGUGUUCUUCAGAGGUGGACAAAGGGCUUCGACAUCGACGGUGUUGAGGGCCACGACGUAGUGCCACCCUUCAACAAGGCACUGGCUGAACGUGGAGUUCCCAUCAAACUGGCGGCUUUGGUCAACGACACAACCGGCACCAUGAUUGCGUCCGCGUACACCGAUACCGAUAUCAAGAUCGGAUGCAUCUUCGGAACAGGUUGCAACGCUGCAUACAUGGAGGAGUGCGGUUCCAUUCCCAAGAUCGCCCACCUGAACCUCGACCCUAAGCUGCCUAUGGCUAUCAACUGCGAAUGGGGUGCAUUUGACAACGAGCACCAGGUGCUGCCUCGCACACAGUACGAUGUUAUCAUUGACAAGGAGUCACCUCGCCCUGGCCAGCAAUCUUUCGAGAAGAUGGUUGCCGGUUUGUACUUGGGUGAGAUCUUCCGUCUUGUCCUCCUGGACCUGCACAAGGGCAACGAAUGCUCUAUUUUCCAAGGCCAGGACGUCCGCAAGCUGGACAAGCCGUACUCUUUGGAUGCAGGCUUCCUCUCGGCUAUCGAGGAGGACCCCUUUGAGAACUUGCUCGAGACUGGCGACCUCUUCCAAACCAAGCUAGGUAUCACAUGCACCAAGCCCGAACUCGAGCUUAUCCGCCGUCUUGCUGAGCUCAUCGGUACCCGUGCCGCUCGUCUGACUGCGUGCGGUGUUGCGGCUAUCUGCAAGCACAAGAACUGGGAUCAGACCCACGUUGGUGCUGACGGUUCCGUCUUCACCAAGUACCCCCAUUUCAAGAUCCGCAACGCACAAGCCCUCAAGGAGAUCUUGGACUGGCCUGCUAAGUACGGCAAGGGGAAGAACGACCCCAUCGAGAUCCUCCCCGCCGAGGAUGGCUCCGGUGUUGGUGCUGCCCUGAUCGCUGCACUCACCAUCAAGCGUGUGAAGGCAGGCCAGCUUGCGGGCAUCCAGGACUGCGAGGCCAUGUUGAAGAUGGCUGGGAAGAAGCCACGAGGCGCAUAGUUCACCAUCUGAUCUUUCCCAUGCUGAGAAUCUAGAAGCGAAUUUACCAUGUUUGUCGAACGACCUUUGCGAUGCGGUGCGGAGAUGGAGAACUAACACCACUAAGCAAAAAGAGCUUAGGUCGCAGGCGGCGCAGCCCAAUUCCGCAUCUCGCAUAGCCCAUCCCCAAGAGCAAUCGAGACAUUGCAGUGAAUCAGUCGUUUAUCGCUACCACGGCGUUGAGUAAGUCAUCGGCGUCGCCUUGUCGAAUUGUACGUUGAUGCCCUGUCAUUGACCGCCAUUGCUGCCCAUUACACGUCACCUCGGCUAUC